AUGGCUGAUAAGUUGAAGAACAUUGCUAAGCAAGGUUGGCAUCCGGAGAGGGAUCGCGCAGCCAAUUCCGAUGGAGGUGGAGGAAGGCUAGGACAAGUGAAAGGAAUGCUAGGGAGAGGCGGCGGUAGCAGCUCGCAUGUAGAAGCUGCGAAGAGCCACCAGUCUACACCGUUGUCCCAAUUAGCAGACCCAUCCUCAUUUGCACCUCCACCGAAAAGGCUCGAUUAUGGAGCAAGCCCAGUAGCAUCGCGGGCCACCCCAGCCAGUACGACGGCUCCUGCGGGUUCAGCGAGGCAGCGCUUGCAGGAGCGGGAGGAGGCGCAGAGAAGAGCGGAGGAGGAAGCAAACAGGCCGCCCCCAGGGCCCUACAGGCCAGACACAACGGGCCUCGAUACAUCACAUCUCCCCAAGCCGCCUGCCUUCAGGCCAGGUGCUGCUUCUCCUGCUGCUGGCAGCGGAUCGAAACCGAAACCAAGUCUUCCCCCACGCCUACCUCCCCGUCAGACCGAGAACCCGAACGAAUAUACUCCGCCCCCUCCGCCAACAUACACUGAAGCUACCCAAGAGACGCCAUCAGCAAGAGGAGUGUUGAAUCAGGGAGCGUUGAAUCGGCUGGGACAAGCUGGUGUUUCUGUGCCCGGGUUUGGUGUAGGCCGAACUGCUUCACCGCCAGUUCCUCCCAGGCAGACCAACUCGCCGCCUGUACCGCCGCGACAGAACUCUGCUUCUGCAGUUCCCACCUCCGCUGCCCCACCGGCAGCAACGACAGGCCGUGGCUCACAGCUGGGCGAAUUGCAGAGUAGGUUCUCGAAGAUGUCUGCAGGGGGGUCGACCAGCACGGCGCCCACCACAGGAACAUCAUGGGCAGAUAAACAGGCUGCACUGCGAACGGCUAGUGGCCUUCGCGAUGAUCCGUCGAAGGUGUCAACAACAGACAUGAAGAACGCAGCAUCGACUGCGAACAAUUUCCAGCAGCGGCAUGGCGCACAGGUAGCAUCAGGGUUCAAGGCAGCGAACGGGCUGAACCAGAAAUACGGCAUUGCUGGCAGAGUUAACAACUUUGCCUCCGACAACACAGCAUCGUCACCGCAGUCACCCACAACGGCAGGACCAGGGGCAGCUGGCAAGAAACUCGCGCCGCCUCCACCGCCGAAGAAGAAAGAGUUGGCCGGAAGUUCGAGCGAGCCGCCGCCGAUACCACUGAGCAGCAAACCAAAGUUUUGAGUUCCUCCCUUUC